CCUUCAAACUUCACCUUCUUCACUUCCUUUCAUUUUUCUCAACACUCUUCCAAGUAAGUAGAGAUGGAUAGAUUAAUAAGAUUAGACCCCUCAAACAUAGUCCCAAUAAGAGUUGAACCAGGUCAAAAAUGUCAAGGCAGGAUCACCUUGAGAAACGUCAUGUACACUAUGCCAGUGGCUUUCAGGCUUCAGCCACUCAUUAGGACUCGUUACGCCGUCAAGCCACAAACCGGUGUCAUAUCACCGUUAGGCACCGUAACUGUUGACAUUUUCUACUACCUUCCUCCGGGUUCCAAUCUUCCACAUUCUUUCCCUCACACAGAUGAUUCCUUCCUUCUCCACAGCGUCGUCGUCCCCGGCGCAACCAUCAAAGAACCUUCCUCCAUGUACGACGCUGUUCCCACUGACUGGUUCACCACCAAGAAGAAGCAAGUCUUUGUAGACAGUGGAAUCAAUAUCAUGUUCGUUGGGUCUCAGAUCCUGGCUCAGCUUGUUUCCGAUGGUUCAAUGGACGAAAUCAGAGAGGUACUAGAAAAAAGUGACCCCUCAUGGAAGCCUGUGGAUUCCGUUGAUUCACAAGGACAAUCGUUGCUUCACCUCACGAUUUCGCAAAGGCGAGCUGAUCUUGUUCAGCUGCUUCUUGAAUUCGAGCCCGACAUAGAAGCUUCGAAUCGUUCUGGGUCGACCCCACUCGAGGCGGCGUCCUCUUCGGGCGAGGCCUUGAUUGUAGAGCUUCUACUGGCCCACAAGGCCAACCCAGAACGAUCCGAAUCAUCUGUGUUCGGACCGAUUCAUUACGCAGCUAGAGCGGGACACGUGGAGGUUCUAAGGCUCCUCCUUCUCAAAGGUGCGAAGGUGGACGCACUCACAAGAGAUGGCAACACGGCGUUACAUCUCGCCGUGGAAGAGCGAAGAAGGGAUUGCGCUAGGCUCCUUCUGGCAAACGGCGCAAGAACGGACGUUAGAAACACGCGGGAAGGUGACACUCCUUUGCACAUGGCAGCAUCAACCGGUGACGAUCACAUGGUGAAGCUCUUGCUGCAAAAAGGCGCGAACAAAGACGUGAGAAAUCUACAGGGCAAGACCGCGUAUGACGUGGCAGCCGAGAACGGACACGCGCGUCUCUUCGACGCGCUUCGGUUGGGUGAUAACUUGUGCGUUGCCGCGAGAAAAGGCGAGGUUAGAACAAUCCAGAAGCUUCUAGAAAGUGGCGCAUCGAUCAAUGGAAGAGAUCAACACGGAUGGACAGCACUUCACAGAGCAUCGUUUAAAGGGAGAAUGGAUGCGGUUCGUGUUUUGGUGGAAAAAGGGAUCGAUGUUGAUGCGAAGGACGAAGACGGUUACACUGCGUUGCAUUGCGCUGCUGAGUCGGGUCAUGCUGACGUCACGGAGUUUCUGGUGAAGAAAGGUGCUGACGUGGAAGGAAGAACCAGCAAAGGUGUAACUGCUCUGCAAAUAGCGGAGUCGUUACACUAUGUAGGGAUCACAAGGAUUCUUGUUAAUGGAGGCGCUACGAGAGAUAACAAUUUGAAUCAGAUAGCAGCGCCUGCUGUAAUUCCUUUUGGGAAAAACAUGGAAGAUGGAAGUUUGAUGAUGAAGAAGAAAAAGAUCUCUAGGAGCAGAGUGGUACGGGGUAAUAAUAAUAACUUUGAUCGUUCUUCAACGCCUUUGGCUGUGCUCUAAUUAAACUCUAAAGCUAGCUAGCUAUAGCUAUAAGCUCGUUUUGAAAUUGAUUAUAACGAGAAGAAUUAUUAUUGGAGAUGAUUUGAGGCUUUUGGCUGGUGUAAUUCUUAAGUUGUUGAAUGGGAACUGUAGAUUUGUUAAGAAUGUUGUUUCUGAUGUUAAUUGUUUUUCAUACUUGUUCCUUGUGAGAAGAAGCUUUUCGAGGUGAGGUCGGCUACCAGCUCCACUCGUGAUUCGGAAGUAUUCUCUUUGGGACUUGGAAACCUCGGCGUGGAACCUGCAAAAAGGACUCCGACGCCCAAGUUAGCACUCAAUAACGCAAAUACUAACAAGAGAGAAUAAAGUGAGAGAUAAGCAGGAUUUUGUCGUGGUGUAUUGCUUUCUUAGCAAUUAUGUGCGUGGUGUAGCUUACCCUAGACGAGGUUAUCUCGUCUGUUUAAAUAGAUUGAGUAGCAGUGGAUGUUUGAUUAACGUUCCGACUUUUUGGGUUUGUUAUCGAGGAUCAACGUCAGUUAAGUGCGAGAUUCUUGGUGCGCAUGAUGAGGUUGACUUGUUUUCAGGUGUGAGAUUGUUAGCCGAGGAUAUCGGUGAGGUACAAUACUUUUGAGAAGAUUUUUGCAUUCGGAGCUUGCACGAUCCAUUAUUCGUCUACAAUGGCAUAGGUA